AUGUCUCUCAAGCCUACAAUUACUCCUAACUGUAUUAAGCCUCGGCCUCCUUCAGCAAACUUUAACAAACCUUUAUUCUUAAACAAGAAAAAGGCAGACGCCAAACUGAUUCCUGAGUAUUUCAGCAAAAAUAUUGCUAUAGCAAACCGACCUAGAAGCUCAUCCAUAACUGAAAGAAGACCCCCAAGCAUCGUGUGAAAAAUGAUGGUAAAGCAAAAUCAAAAUAAAGAAAAUAAUCCGCCCAUCAUUAUGAAAGAUGUCUCAAAAACACCUCCAUUGCCAAAACCAGCCUGCAUGACGACAGAAGUAAAAAACUCAUUUUAUGAGCACAUGAAUAAGCUUGAAGGACAUUUAGACAGCGUCUUAGCCAACGUAGAAGUCCCAGAAGGAUUUUUCUCACCUAUUAAAAAGAAAUAA